UAGCUACGCAUUCCAUGAAAACCAGGAAGGGUAAGCAGACGGACUAGUGCAUUGGCUGUCUGGAGAACGCACCAUUGAAAGCUAGGGAGACAUAUUCCAUUAUCACCAUACCUUAUACUGGGAUAGAUGAAGAUGGAAUUUGUUGUUAUGGCGGACCACUUGGAAGGAUAUUUCGAAAUGCGCAAUUAACCAUUCAUUGCGUCGCAUUAUGGGAAAACAAGUAUACGUUUCAUUUAUCAAGUAUUGUCAGUGAAAUUAUCACUUAGCCAGCAUAUUUUUCUCUAAACGGACCAAACAGGACCCCUGAGAAACGAAAAACGAUGUUGUCAUACGGCGUUGCCACCACUCUACUUAUUGCGGUCGCUUGGGGAGUCAAUGGAGAACUGCACACUCUAUCACCAGGAACGCAGCUGAAUUCAACAUCUCUUGAUGACAAUAAUACAUUACAUAAUGGCACAGAGGCUGUCACAGUCGGAUCACGCAUUUCAUCAAUAUUGAAAGAUCUUCCAACUCUCAAGAAUAUUGUCAUAUUUAUCUGCGUAUUAACGACUUUGCUGAUCACGUGUCUCGUCGUGAAAGUGUACAGAUCUGGAAAGAAGAUAAGGAAGACUCGAAAAUAUGAUAUCAUGACUACGCCUGCAGAAAGAGUCGAGAUGGCUCCUUUAAACGAAGAAAAUGAGGAUGAAGACGACUCAACUCUUUUUGAUGUCAAGUAUAGGUGAAUAUCAUCAUGAAAUCUGUUUCAUGUUACAACACAUAUUGAAUUCCACUGGAUACACCAAAUGAGGACUUUACCCACUGUGUCCCCACACACUUCCCCUCUGCUGAUCAUUUCCAGUCUUCAGUGGUGUAUGCAGGACAUUGGAGGAAGGUCAAAUCAUCUUGGCAUGUUUUCCAUUUCAUGGUUCCAACCAGAGUGAUUUGUGGGAGUCCACAUUCUGUCCCUUGACCACUUUUCAUUUGCCUGUUGACAAUCCAAUAAAUGUUCGUGUUGGAACUCCUUUGCUUAGAGUUUAAUGAUGCCUGCAUAUCAUGAGGGAAUGCGAAAUAAUUACCAAGAAACAACAUUUAGCUAUAGUUUGACGAAGACAAGUAAAGAAAGUUACUUGUCUCAAUGAAAUGUCUUCAGUGUUGCACAUCUUCUAAAAACCAAUACCAAGAUUUUGUUUUGGGGAAGUCCUAUAUUAUUAAUACCUCUUAAAAUGCACUGAAUUCUGAUCAUACCUGGAGCUCAUGUGAAAGACUGCUAGUAUUCAAUCGUUGUUCCUACUGACACACUCAUUUCCCAUGACGUACUGUAUAUGUUGACUUUUUAUUUCUUAGGUUUAUAUACAAUCCUGUAUUCCCAACAAAUCAUUAUGCAGUUUAUUCCUAAUACUUGUGCUAAUAUGUAUUUCUAAUUCGACAUUUUUCACAUCAACCAUUUGAAGAAAUUGGCCCCAAACAAUAAAAAGAGUUGUGACUUCCAGUAUAUACAGAAGCUAUGUGUCAAAGCUUUCAUUUAAAGCUUAAAGCUGUGUCAAAGCUUUCAUUUCAUCUCUGUACUUUGCCUUAACUUAAUUUCUUUUACUGUCAAAACAUCUGAAAUGGUUUAUUUUUGAUGAAGAACCUCAGAUCUUUUACAAUAUUAUAAAUGCCAAAACCACUAUUAGUGCGUGCAUACUGUAUAUGACCUUCAGUUCAUGUCCUUGUACUGAAUGUUUCUGUGGGCUUGCACUGCCUACAAUGGCUUCAGUUCCUUCUGUUAGGGCAUAUCAGUAAGCUGUCAACAUCAAUGUGUUGACAAGCCUGCUCUUUAAAGCAAAAUAAAAAAAGACAUGAAUUCUAUAACUUCCUGUCUUCUUAAGCAGCAAAACCUUUGCAUAUGUUUAAAAAACUGACAUGUUUUCUACAGAAAACACAUCUUAUCAAGUUCGGACCUGAUGGUUUCAGAAAAAAAUCUAUUUUGGCGUUUUGUCAAACUUUUUGGAGUUGUUUAUGUUCUGACCUCUUGAGAUCCUGUCCAGAUAUGCUCCAGAUGUAGUAGUAUAUAGAAUACGUUAGUGAGGUUGCGUUAUCAUUUGAUGUCAAUACCUAUAUAUACCUACAAGGUGAUUGUGAAGGACACCUUUUUGACUGAUAAAACACAGAGUCCUAAUCUGUGAACUCCUGCAGUUAAUGAUUCACCAUUAGUAAGUAACUGGCCAUGGCAUGUCACAGACUCAAUCAGCCUACCAGACCUCAGGCACAGUUUAUCGGGAUUUAUUUGAAUUUGUUUUUAAUUUUUUGGAAUAACAUACUUUGGGCAGUUAUGGGUAGAUGGAUGAAUUAAAGAAGCAAGAUGUUCUGUGGUGUUUUGUAUUUUGGUUGUAUUGUAAAAAAAAAAAUAUAUAUAUAUAUCAUGACAAAUGUUUUCAGUGACAUAUCUGUGUUAUUCAUGCAGUCAUGUGCAUAGCAAUUCUGCAUCCGUUUAGAAUGGAAGUGUGUAAGUGCAUUAUCAGAGGGGUUGAAAAAAGGUGUAUUCUCUUCGGUGUAUGGGUCUUAAGUUUAAUGGUGGUGGGCUUCAGAAUAAUCAGAAUUAUUUCACAGUAACUGGAAAGUUUGACCCAGACUGGUAAUGCAGUCUUCAAAGGUCCAAAGCAUGGUGUCGUUUUACUUCCAUCCUAGUGUUCUUCUUUUUUUUUGUUUAGACCAAAUCUAUCUAAUUUCAUUGUCAUCCUCCUGCACUUUAGGCCGGGGUGCGUCAUGUUUAUAUGGACCCUGUUGAAGCAUCCAUGUGUUAAUGCAAUGGUGUUGUAAAGAUCAUACAUGCAUGUUACCAUUGCCGUUUCAUUAUGUUUUUUCUUUUGCAUUACUCUUUAAAUGAAUAUUGUUUAUGUUUGAUUUUUUUAAUGGUAUUGAAUAUCACAUUGUAAAAUCCUGGUCUGUUUAUUUGUGCAUCCACCCUAGCUUCAGAUUGUGUGUUCAUUUUGAUAAUCAGAUACAAAUGAAACAUAUAUAAUUUAUAUAGUUACGUUUAGAUGAUUUUUGACUUAGGUCAGAUGACUAAAUCAUUGUGCUCCAUAGCUAUUAAAAACUGGAAUCUUCAAAAUUGUAUAUUUCAAUUAUUUAAAUAUUUUAUUUUCAUAAAGAUUGUAAUAAACUAAAA